CAAACGUCGACCCCCACCCCCUUAUCACCGCCACAUUGUCCUUUACUUAACCGUUUAAAACACCAAGCGAUUCUCCAAGACCCAAACCAGACGGUCAAAUCUACCAUUCCCUCCAUCCCGAAGACCGCUCGCUAAAUCCCCACGCCAUCGCGUCAGCUGCAUAAAACCCCCUCCCGGACCUCCCUCCGCCAAUGAGCAGCCGUAUUCGUCUCCCUCUUCACUGCCGCCUUCCGUCGAACACCUCGUGGGCAUGGGACUGGACGUCGCCUGGUACGACUUCGUCUGCUUCGGCAUUGUGGGCGUCGCGGUCGUCGGGUCCCUGUGGGUGCUCUGGUGGAAAGAGGGCGCCUGCCGGCGCGACGGCAACAGCCUGUACGAGAGCCUGCUGGUGGGUCGGCCCGAGAGCAGUGAUGGGUCGAUGCAGGGCUCCGUCCCGAAGAGCCACGUGGGCUCGGCGCAGCUCUGGACCAGCUGCUGGCGCGGGGUUCACCCGGGCUGGCUCUUUGGGACGCGGCUCUGCUCGUGCCUGGUCAUGAUCGGGUUCAUGUUCCAGGACAUCGAUGACUGGGGCGUGAGCGUGUACAUGUAUUACACCGAGUGGACUUUCUCUCUAGUUAUGAUCUAUUUUGCGGUAGGGUCUGUUGUGUCUGCAUAUGGGUGCUGGUCGCAUUACAUGCCAUCUCCUUCUGCAAAUGGAACUAGGGGUGAGUUCAAGAGGGAUUUGGAAGAGAGCAGAACGACCGCUUCUAACUUGAACAGAGAACAAGAAAUCAGGGGCUCCAAGUUGAGAUGCCGCUACACUGAAGAGGAGAUCCUGGAAAGAGCGGGAUUUUGGGGAUAUCUGAUGCAAUCUUUAUAUCAGACUUGUGCAGGAGCUGUAGUCAUGACGGAUGUUGUCUUUUGGUGCGUGAUAGUCCCAUUCAUGUCUACAGAACGUCUUGGCCUGAACGUGGUGAUGGGAUGCAUGCACACACUGAAUGCCUUCUUCCUCCUAGUUGAUACUGCGCUCAACAACCUUCCAUUCCCAUGGUUCCGGUUUGCUUACUUCACGCUCUGGAGCUCUAUAUAUGUCAUUUUUCAAUGGGUCAUCCAUGCCUGUGGUUAUUCAUGGUGGCCAUAUCCUUUUCUUAUUCUAUCGACACCGUGGGCUGCUCUAUGGUAUUUUGUCCUCGCGGUGCUUCACAUUCCUUGCUACAGUGCAUACGCCCUAAUCGUGAAGGCUAAAAAUUCUUUUCUUCCCAGAUUGUGUCCCCAUUGUUUUGUGAGGUCAUGUUAGCCUCAUUCUCUGCAUCGUGACUAUUCUUCGUCGGAAGUAGUAUCUCUUUUUUACAUGCUACGAGACUUCAUACACACGAGGAGGGUCGAGUCUCGAAUCCUUUUCGUCCUGAUUUGUGAUUUGCACUCCUUCGGAAGACAGUUUAGAAUUGAUGAUCGAGUCCUCAAACUUACAUUGUAUCGGGAAAACUAGUGUCUAACUAUCAUUCUAUUUUCUAAAUAACAAAGUCAGUUCAAUUACUUUCUA